AUGAAUGGACAUCCGAAAGCCGCUUCUUUGAAAACCGUCCGAUUAUUAUUUCUAGAGCUUUGUGCAGAACUCUUUGAUGGAAACAUUGCAUCUGGUAAUCUCAGCUAUGCCACAUCCCAAACACCAUCGGGACAGGGAUCAUCUUGUUUCCAUGUCUCACACGUAAAGCUUAUAGACGCCCCUUCCAUCAACAUAGAUGAAGAUGAUUACUUUUCCAAUCAUACUAAUGAGCAUUUUACUCAGCCACCACCUUCUGCUGCUUCACCUUCUGCUGAUUCAUCUUCUGCUAAUUCACCUUCUGCCGCUUUACCUUCUGGUAACCCCAACAAAAGGGCUAAACCCUCAACUCUUAGACCUCGAGCUCCUAGUGCCUCACCAGAUCCACCUUCGUGUGCCUCGCCUAAAGCUUCUAUUACUGUUGAUGAUUCAGCACUGGAAAUGCAAAAAGCUCUACGCCAUUUGACUCAAGGUCCAACAAUUCCUCAAUGUUUAAAAAAGCUUGAGUUGCUCGAGUUAGGCCUAGUAGACCCUCUACGAUUUUUUGCGUAUCAAAAUUUUGGAGGGACCAUGAAUAUAAUAGAGUUGUGGGUAAAUUUGCCCAAUGAUCCACAAAUAUUAAGAGGAUGGAUCGAGAUGACAACUACAAGUUUAGGAGUUUUAAAGGAUAGAAAGAUUGUUCGUUAA